UUGAACAGACAACAGGCAGACUUCAUUGGAUGGAGCAGAAGUAGAAGACGAUACUCAUGUGCGCUCAAUACUUCUUGUACUGAGUUUGAGACAAAUACAAUUGAAAAAUUUUUUAUUUUUGGGGUCUUGUGGUCUGCCAGUUAUCGUAUCUACAAACAGUGUCCAAUCUUCCGUGGCGUGAGGCACUUUGCAUUUUCUUCCCGAAGAAAGCACUUCGAGCGCAUAAACACAUUGUUCAUUUUAACAACUUCUAAUGUCAAAUUGAGACAAACGCGAAGACAAGUUGGCGAUCUCAAUCACAUCAAACCACAAUUAAAACAAAGCGCACGGCAAGCAACGCAGUCACAGCGAUCACACGCAGUACGUUUCAGCAGCAGUUAUGGUGUCUUCAAUGGACAACAAGUUGUGCGGCUACCUUUUGCCAAUGCUAGCAGCAAUCAUUUUCAUUACCAAAGCCGCCGUUAAAGCUGAAGGUCAAGUUUCCGUUGACGAUGACUUCCACAGAAUAUUGGGCAAAUGCAAGAGCGAUAGUGAUGGUUUCGAUGAUUGCAUGCGAGAUGCGUUUAACGAUUUACGUGCUUAUUUCCCCACAGGUGUACCAGAAUAUAGCAUAUCACCAUUUGAUCCACAUUAUGCAUCUUUCAUUGAGCUGAGGCGGGGAGACCAAAAAGGUUUAGGAGGUUUUAAACUUAUUUUACGAAAUGUCUCUGAAUAUGGUUGGACAAAAUCCGAAGUAACAAAAUACCAUUCAGAUAAAGAAAAUCAACAGAUUAUAUAUACGCAAUAUUUUCCUGAAAAAAGCUUAGAAGGUUUAUAUGAAUUUUCAAGUAAAAUGCUUGGUACACCAUUGAAACGUAAGGGAUACUGGAAUAUGACACUCUACGAUUAUAGUCAAACUACAAGUAUACGCCGCAUAGCUGGACCUGGUUCGUUGCUCAAGGUUCAUGUGGAAAUUGAGCAUAUUGGAGGAUUGAAAAUGCACAUUACAAACUUCAUAGUACAAGGGCGAGAUAAUCUGAAUAAUUUCGCAGACGGCAUUAUAAAUAGUAUGUGGCCGAUUGGAUUUCCUUUUAUAAAACCAUUCAUAAAUGAACUUGUCAGUACAGCAUUUACGGAUAUAUUCAAUGAAUCAUUUAGACAUUUUCCAAUAGAAAAAUUUUUAAGUUCAUAGUAAAUAGUAUAGAACAAAUAAUGUAGUGUAAUUUAUAUAUAUAAAUACGU